GCCAGGUCCUUACCUUGACGACCCUUCCAAGCUCAAGUACUAUCCACAAGAGUUGACACAGCAGAAUCCCCCAUAUGGCGCCAUGUUCCAACAGUACCACCUACCAGUUCCCAUUGAUCCGCUUGGAGGAGUCCCGCACCAUCAGGAACUGCUGCAGAUACCAAACACAGGUGGAACACGGAUAAAUGGCAAGAACAGAUCAACAGACACAACAGCAUUUGUAGGCAGAACGAUUCCUGAAGGCACAGGGCUGGGCACUGUCAACAGCAGGCAACACAAGGACCAAGGAGCCGCAAACCUUGAUGUGGACUUCCCUGGCUUGGUUGUGACACGUGAGUCAAAGGCACUGAAGCUGAUCAGCCCAAAAACGAAUGCACCAAUCAGAACUGAGAAAGAAGGCAAUCCGAGAACAGUGCACAGAAUCCCACAUCCGGCCAGGAAUGGCAUUCCGGCGAGCCCUGGCAGGAUGGGCGGACCAUCAAUUGAGAGGGGCUAUGAAGACUGUGGGGCUGCCACAGGCCAGGCAUUGUCACACCCAGCACGGCGUCAGCAGGUCGCAUCGGUAGCUGGCCAUAGUAUGGGAGAAUGCAGUGGACCUAUGAGUCCCACGUCUGGGCUGCCCAUUGGAAGCAAACUCAGGAGGUGGAUGGUGUCGCCUGGACCUGGAAGUUCAGCAGCUGGCAGUGUGGAUAGUGGCGUUGAAGGUAGCGAUCAGGCUACAACAGAGGAUGUGCAGAGUUCCACCGAUAUGCAGCCCCAUUCUGACGUGCUGGCUUCUGAGCCUGCAGGCACUGCAGACUAUGGGCAGCCCCUUGUUGACUGCGGCACUGGCAGGUGGAGUGGAUGUGAGCAGCAAAGUCUGCGUUGUGGAAGCCACCAGCAGACAGAUGUGCAUAGUGCAGGUCCAGAGGGGCAUCACAACGUCGACGUCAUGCAGGGUACAAAAGAAGCAAGGGGUUGUGAGGGACUACCUAUGCACACACCUAAAGCCAAAGUUGGUGAUGCAGCGUUUGGGGGAGGGCACACAGUUGGCAGCCACGCAUCUGGCAUUCCGAGAGACAGUAGGCUGCGAAUGUGGAUGACAGGGCCAGAGCAGUAG